CCCUCCCCCCCCUUGCUCGGCGGGGGAUUUUCACGGGAUUCUUGUCUCCUUCCGGCUUCCAACUACCGCUUCUCCGAGUGUUUCUCUCGUAUGGCGCCUAGCCAAGAGGGGGGCACCCAUGCCUGGUGCUGCGGCCAUGAACCGACGCCGGUGCUGCUGCUGCCGCCUGGCGCUGAUGCUGCAGCCGAAUCUUUGUGGAUCGGCGGGCAUGACGAACGGCAACUGGGAGAAUUUUUCCCCCUCCUCCCACACGCGCGCGCAUGCCUCCAAUUGAGGCAUAUAUCUCGUCAAUCAUCAUCGUCGUCGUCGUCGUCGUCGUCGACGAUCCAGGCCGUGACGCCAGCUCCUGACCGAGUCUAGAUUAGAUCACUUUAUACCUACGACGCGGCAUACAUCUAGAAAAUUUGGGCGCGCGCGGCCGAGCGACAGCAUCACGGUAGCCACGAGUCCAGUCUUUGUGGUGCCAUGUUGGUCCACGACGUGUACAUGGGCGCAAGGCAGGCUGUCGUCUCGUACGGCCUGUCGACGCUGCUCCUCGCCGUCACCGCGGCCGCCCUCUACUUUGGCCACUGGUUCUUCAAGCUCUUCCGGGCUCGCUCCUUUUACUGGGGCUUGGUAUGUCGACCAUGACGACGACUACGACGUUGGCCAUAACCAACGCCGAGGUCCCCCCCCCCUCCCCCCUCAACCGGGGCUUAGUUUAGAUGGCUAACAACGGACAAACAUCAUCUCACCCGCCCGCCUCACAGCCUCAACCGCCCAACCACACGUUUCGCUAUGGCCACCUCAUGCUCUUCCACGAGGUGGCUGCCAAGUUCCCGCCCAACACCCACCCGCAGCACAUGUACACGUACAUGGCGCAAAAGUACAACCUCCCCGGCAUCUUCUACGUCGAUUGCUGGCCGUAUGCCGACCACCAGAUGGUCAUCACCGAUCCCGACGCCGCCAUGCAGAUCCUCACCAAGAACCCCUAUCCCAAACACCGGCAGAUCGAAAAGUUCCUGCGCCCCUUUACGGGCAAGGACAGCAUCGCCGCCUCCAACGGCGAGCGCUGGAAGAUGAACCACAGAAUGGUCGGCUCGGGCUUCACCCCUACCUACAUUAAGCCCAUGAUGGGCAUGAUUGUCGACCACGUCCUCGUCUUUCAUGACACGCUUCGACGGUUCGCCGAGUCGGGCGAGCCGUUCUCCAUGGAGGAGGAGUCGGCCAAGGUCGUGUUCGACGUCAUCGGCAAGAUUGUAUUCGGGUUCUCCCUCGAGGCGCAGCGCAAUGGCUCCCCUCUCCUCCAUGAUCUGAGGGCCACCAUUGACCCGGCGACGGCGAUCCUGGACAACUCGUCGUGGAAGCCGUGGGCCAAUCGCGACGCAAAGAAGAAGCUGAACGCGCUGAAAAAGCGUGUCUACGACACUCUGGCCAAGGAGAUGAAUGGGCGCCUACCGCUCCUCAAGGAAGACAAGGACACGACGAAUCCGCGACGUGCCAAGAGCAUCAUGGACCGCAUCGUGCUUGACAAGCUCCAAAGCGAACCUAACAUGACGAGAAUUGACCCCGCGUUUAUCGAGAUGGCGGUCACAAAUCUCAAGGCUCUUCUUCUCGGCGGUCAUGGAACCACCACGGAUACUUUUACCUUUGCGACAAUGUUCCUGAGCCUACAUCCAGACGUCGUCGAGCGGCUGCGCAAAGAGCACAAUGAGCACUUUGCUCCUGACCUCGACACUACGGUGGAGCAACUCGUUGCCAAGCCCACCAAGACCAAUGAUCUAGAGUACACCAACGCGGUCAUCAAGGAGACCCUGCGCUUCUUCCCGAUCGGCUUCACGAUCCGACAAGCUCCGCCUGGCGUCAAGUAUCUGGACUGGAACGGGAAGCGCUGGCCGGUCAAGGACUGCAUGAUCAUCCCCUGCGCGCACACGUCCCACAUGGACCCGAAGCUGUGGAACGACCCCAAGACGUUUCGGCCGGAUCGCUUCCUGGGCGAGGAAGGCGAGGAGAUGCAUCGCUUCGCGUGGCGGGCCUUUGAGCGCGGCCCGCGCGCCUGCAUCGCUCAGGACCUGGCCAUGGACGAGCUCCGCGUAAUGCUGCUCCUGACCGUGCGGUGGUUCGACUUCGAGACCAUUGUCGAGGGAACAAGCGAGAGGGUCAUGUACAUGGACCUGGACAAGCAAGUCGGCGACCUUGCCUUCCAGGAGGUUGGCAUGGAGGCGCGGCCGCGGCGGAGCAUGAAGAUGAAGGUCCACCUGAAGGGCAAGAGACCUGUGCCGUCACCAAGUACAGAUGAGAAAGAAGAAGCCGCAGAGUCGACAUGAGCGCCUUCCAUCGGAGUUGGCUCUCCGAUAACAGGGCCACAGGGGUGCCCGGAAGCAGAAGCGUGAGGCGCGCAACGACAAAUCAGGAGAAGCCAUCAUAGCAGGGACAUCCUGGCAUGAAUGCCCUUGCUCAGGCACGUCGCACGACUGUUGACUCGACCACCAUGAAGACAAAGGCAGCCGAGCAACAUGGCAACGCCGCAACCAUUUUUACCUCGAUCCCCU